UCAACUGCUCAUGGCUUCAGUGGGGAGUCUGGUGUCUGUCUGGCACGACCGUCAGUCAGUGCUGCCCAUUGGCGCGUCUCCCACAGCCAUCCUUUCCAGGAAGCUGGCUGAGCCCCAAGACCUCAGGGGCCAUGGGCGGGGAGCUGGUGACUGGCCUGGGGGCCCUGCGACGGAGAAAACGCCUGCUGGAGCAAGAGAAGAGGGUGGCCGGCUGGGCGCUGGUGCUGGCGGGAACUGGCAUCGGACUCAUGGUGCUGCACGCUGAGAUGUUGUGGUUCCUGGGUUGCAAGUGGGUGCUGUACCUGCUCUUAGUUAAGUGCUUGAUCACCCUGUCCACUGUCUUCCUCCUCUGCCUCAUUGUGGCCUUCCAUGCCAAGGAGGUCCAGCUGUUCAUGACCGACAACGGGCUCCGGGAUUGGCGGGUGGCGCUAACCCGGCGGCAGGUGGCACAGAUCCUGCUGGAGCUGCUGGUGUGCGGGGUGCACCCGGUGCCCCUGAGGAGCCCGCAUUGCGUCCUGGCCGGGGAGGCCACCGACGCACAGCCCUGGCCGAGCUUCUUGGGCGAAGGGGAGGCGCUGCUGUCUCUGGCCAUGCUGCUCCGUCUCUACCUGGUGCCCCGCGCGGUGCUGCUGCGCAGCGGCGUCCUGCUCAACGCCUCCUACCGCAGCAUCGGGGCGCUCAACCAAGUUCGUUUCCGCCACUGGUUCGUGGCCAAGCUCUACAUGAACACGCACCCGGGUCGCCUGCUGCUGGGCCUCACGCUCGGCCUGUGGCUCACCACAGCUUGGGUGCUGUCUGUGGCUGAGAGGCAGGCUGUUAAUGCCACCGGGCACCUCACAGACACGCUGUGGCUGAUACCCAUCACAUUCCUGACCAUUGGCUAUGGGGACGUGGUACCUGGCACCAUGUGGGGCAAGAUCGUCUGCUUGUGUACUGGAGUCAUGGGGGUCUGUUGCACUGCCUUGCUAGUGGCUGUGGUGGCCCGGAAGCUGGAGUUUAACAAGGCGGAAAAGCACGUGCACAACUUCAUGAUGGAUAUUCACUAUGCCAAAGAGAUGAAGGAGUCAGCAGCACGGCUCCUACAGGAAGCCUGGAUGUACUACAAGCACACUCGCAGGAAGGACUCCCGAGCUGCCAGGAGGCAUCAACGCAAGUUGCUGUCCGCCAUCUACACGUUCCGCCAGGUACGGCUGAAACACCGGAAGCUCCGGGAACAAGUGAACUCCAUGGUGGAUAUCUCCAAGAUGCACAUGAUCCUGUGCGACCUGCAGCUGGGUCUCAGCUCCUCGCACCGGGCCUUGGAGAAGAGAAUCGACGGGCUGGCAGGCAAGCUGGAUGCCCUGACUGAGCUGCUGGGCACUGCCCUGCAGCAACAGCAGCUACCAGAACCCAGGCAGGAGGCCACGUAGCUGCACUCACAGAAGAAGAAUCAGGCUAUGUACCCCAGGACUGACCUCAACAACAUCCUCCCUGCCACUUCUGACCGAGUCCCAUGAAUAAAGCACUUCAAGAUGCUAGGACCAAAGCGAGCCCACGUUGAGAUGCGUGGACUCUCUGGUGGUAGCGGCUUGGAUCUCCAACAUUGAUGGGAUCAUGGCUACCCCUACACACAUGCGCUCAUCAGAAGUCUUCUUGCUGUGCUGCUGUUCAUGAACUCUCAAGCUCUGUCAGAGGUGAAGGUGCCUAGGGCUAGACUACGGGUUCCUGGGAGAGAGGCAACUGGUAGCCUGGGGUCCAGGAUGCUGGGACGCUUCAGUUUACCAAGGGCUGGCCUCGCUGAAGGAACCAGGUCCGAGAGGCAGGAGCCGGUGCCCCCUGGUGGACGCCAUGGAAGAUUCCGCUUUCCCGGAAUGCAGAGACAUUUGCUGGGAGGAGGGGUGUGGUGCCGCUCACCUGUCCACUGUCACACUUUGUA